AUGUCAACCCCAAAUUGGACUGCUUUCGGUUGUGAAGUUUUAAACUACUUAAAAAGUAGAUAUACCUCAACUAUCAUUAAAGCUGAUUUCAACACAUUUUUAGCCAAAGCUAAAGCUCCAAAAGAAAUUACUUUAGGUGAUGCCAAAAGAACCGCUGUUACUGUUGGUAUGAUGACUGGUUUCUUCCUUGCUGGUGAAGCUUUUGGUAAAAAUACAAUUGUUGGUUACAAUCCAGGUUAUGAUGUCGAUGCCAAAACCCUUAUCUCAAAAAGAGAUUAA